CUGUUGACUUGUAAACAGUGAGGUUAACUUAAGCGGAUAAAGCUAACACAAACCGAGUCAAUGAAUUCUUCCAACCAUAAUUUUCACGUUUCAGUCACCGGUUUCAUCGACUAAUUAAAGAGGCGGUUGCUAAGAGAUGACAAUCUGUGACAUUGGUGGGAGCCUGUGAUGUAGAGCGGCGUGAGGCUGGACUUCUGCAGGAUUUCUUUCCUCUACACCUCUGUCUUUACCCAGCUCACCUGAAGGACACAGUGAACACGCUCAUAUCAAAACAAACACCAUGGCAGCUUUUACUGCUCCUUGUGCCACCACCAGCGCCACGACCACCACGGUGGCCCGAACUGCAUGGCAAAGGCAAGGAAGCAGCGAUGAGGCGGAUAAAAGUGAGAAUGGGGACAUGGGGCAAAACACUAUUGUGGAGAAGACCCACGAGUUCUUCCAGAUGUGCGACAUCGAGAACAAGGGCUUCAUCACCCGGCGUGACAUGCAGAGACUGAAUGGCGAGCUCCCUCUCAGUGCGGAGGAGUUGGAAAAUGUAUUUGAUACCCUUGAUUCCGACAGCAAUGGAUUUCUAACCCUGGACGAGUUCUCCUCCGGCUUCAGUAAGUUUUUAUUUGGUCAGAGGAUUUCUGUACAGGAAGGCAUGGAGGAGAAGAAACCCUGUAAAAGCCCAACAGAGGUCCUGUACCAGAGCCAGUGGGAGGACAGCCUGGCAAGAGGAGAUGAGGAUGAAGAAGAGAAACACUUUAGCAUGCUUAUGGAGAGCCUUGGAGCCAACAGUGUCUUUGAAGAUCCUGCUGAGGUGCGUACUUUGUGGGCCCAGCUGCGCCGAGAUGAACCUCACCUUUUAUCCAAUUUUGAGGACUUCCUGGCCAGAGUGACAUCCCAGAUCAAAGAGGCCAACCAGGAGAAGAGGGAGAUGGAGAGCGCUCUCAUAAGGAAGGCAGCAACACAUGACGAUGAGAUUAAGCGCCUAUAUGAGGAAAUGGAGCAGCAAAUAAAACAUGAAAAAGACAGGAUUGUGCUACAGGACUAUGAGCGCUUUCUGUCUCGGAGUCAAGACUUGGAGCUACAGCUGUCUGUUAAAGAGAAAGAGCUAGAACAACUCUUUCAGAGGCAGAGAAAGUUGGAGCAUCAGUGCCAGGAGCUUCACAGUGAGCAACAUGUGACCAAGGUGGAGAAUGUGAAGCUGAAGCACACAAAUGAUGAGUUAGCAAGGGAGCUGGACCAGACCAGUCAAGAGCUGAUCUUGGCGCAGGAACAGCUGAGUCUGUUGCAGGUGCAGUCCACACGGCUUCAUGAGGAGAAGGAGAUUGAAAUAUACAGACUGACUGAGGGACUGCAGCGAGAGCGAGCGAGCCUUCUCAAACAACUGGACCUCCUGAGGGAAAUGAACAAACAUUUACGGGAUGAAAAGGACAUAUGCUAUCAGAAUCCAAUGAAUUCUAAGAAAACGGCAUGCUUGAAGCAGAGGCCUUCAAUCAAUGUUAUGAAACAUGCAAACACAAAUAUCUUCAAAAGUGAGGAUGAGGAGGAACUGACCAGCAGCUCAGUAAGGCAUAACUUUGCCAAUGCAUCCCGCCAAUCAUCUUGCACAGCGGUGAAGAGAGGGCACCUGCAGAGGAUCAUCUCCAUCGAGGAAGACCACCUGCCACAUUUACUCCAGACUGACUGCCAGACCCAACCCCCCCUGCAGAAGUGCAGUGAAGUAGAGGAAGCUUCAGACAAUGAGGAGAAUAUAGACUUGGUGAUGAGCGAUAUCUACCCGUGUGCAUCCUCUGCCCAGCAGCAAAAGUUGAACGGAGAUGUGGAGAAAGGGGAAACCCCCACAUCUCCGAGGGGUCAGCCUGUUGGCAAGGAGACAAGCGUAAAUGAGGAAGGCGGUCCCUCGCCACCCGACCGUCUCUUCAAGAUCGUCCUGGUGGGGAACUCUAGUGUAGGAAAAACCUCCCUCCUUCAGCGGUUUUGCGACGGACGCUUCCACCCUGGCACUUCUGCCACUGUGGGUAUAGAUUACAGUGUGAAGACAAUAUCUGUGGACAACAGCCUGGUGGCACUACAGAUGUGGGACACAGCAGGACAGGAGAGGUACCGGAGCAUCACCAAACAAUUUUUUCGCAAGGCUGACGGUGUGGUUGUGAUGUAUGACAUCACAGCUGAGCAGAGCUUCACAGCUGUCAGGCAGUGGCUGACAAGUGUGAAGGAGGGUGCAGGCGAGGACAUCCCAAUCAUGCUUUUGGGUAACAAAACGGACAAGGAGAUUGAGAGACAAGUUCAGAGAGGACUGGGCGAAAGACUUGCCAAGGACUGCCAUAUGACUUUCUACGAGUGCAGCGCGUGCUCAGGACACAAUGUGGUAGAAUCCAUGAUUCAUUUAGCCAGAAUUUUGAAAGAGCAAGAGGACAGAGAGAAGGAGAAGACGGUCCAGCUGGUCGGCCCCUCAGAGAAGAAGAGAUCCUGCUGCUAGCAGGUGAACUGUUUAACACAUACACAGUAGCACUACCCUUUACAAAGACACACAACGUGACCAAAUGUGCCACUGAGGACACAUUAUUCUGAAAUCAGCACAAAUGUUUCUCACAGUCUUCCACCUUGUGGCACUCUGAGUGAAAACAACACCAGAAUGAAUUUCGUGUACAUGUUGUCAUGUGUCACAGAUUUGCACUAUUACUGACAGUCUACUCUAUAUAUUUGCGUAAGUUGUUUGCAGUUUGGAAAUAAUGUCAAAUUGCAAUUCUCUAAAGAUUUAGUAAAAUAAUUAUUAUGUAAGAAAGAUUAAAAGGUUUCUUUUUAGGGUUUAUCAUUACAACAACAAAUUUAAGUCAAGCUUAGUCCCUUCUGAGCCUAACUGAGACUUGUUCAUUUUUUAAAUGUACAGUGUAUAGUCUGACUGUAGCUCUCAAAUAUUUAUUUAGCUUUCAAAAGCCUAUUAUGUGUCACAUGUUGGCUUUUCGUUGUAUAUAUUAAUAUAUUCAUUCAGUGUUAUGUGCUUUUUUUUGCUGGUUUUCUUCUUCACAUCUUUACACAUACAUGACAUGGACACAAUAUCAUGAACAACUGUUAAAUUUAAUGUAUUUUAAAACAAACUUACAGUAAACACUACUGUAGUGAAGCUUUUGGUGUUCAGAUUGUGUCAAGAUUGUGAGGGGUUAAUUUAAGUAUUUUGGACCAAGGUUAGUUGAGCUGUUAUGUGGUAUUUUGAAGUUUGCUUAGAGUUUUUGUUUUUUUUAACUGGAAAAAUAAUACAGUGCAUUAUUUUUCCCCUGCACACCAAACAAAAUUAUUUAUUUCAUAUCACCUUAAUCUGCCUCAGUGACGAGUGUUUAAUGAAAAUAGUGUCGCAAUAACAUGUAAAGUAAGUUGUGUAAUUUUUGUGUUACAGAAAUGUUAAAUUUCAUUGGUUUGGGUAAAAAGUUCAGAUUUCACUGUUUUGAUAUUGCACUAUGGUCACUAAUGCUCCACUACUACCAGUCUCUUGCACAUCACUUAAAUAUAUAUAAACACGUAAAUACAUUAAACACAUACAUGAAUAAAGCAAUGUUAAUGUUAAUAUAAUUUGUAAAGGACUUUUUUCUGAUACAAAAAAAUGAAAAUAUGUUAUACAGCAUCACCUAGUGGAUGAGUUUGGACAUUGCUGUUUGUUCAGUUUUUACAUUGACAUGACAAUAUGUGAAACAGCAUAUUCAAUAUAUAGGUGGAAUUAACAUGCCAAUUUAUUAUAAUUUGUAUCACUUAUAAACUUUAUGGUAAACUAGGUUUGUGUUUGAAAUGAGCAGCCGACUUUCAGAAUUUUCCGUAAAGUUGUAACUGGACAGAUUCCAAAGGUGCUCAUACAACACAAGUAUUUCUCUAAAUGAAUAAGAUGACUUUUCUUUAUAGAUGGUGGUAAGCAUAACAUAACAUUGUAUUGCUCCUUUGUACCCGGGAGUGCCCUGUGAAAUUGGCAGUUUCAAAGAAACUGUGGUCUGAGGCAGCAGCACUUACUUUGAUAUUUUUAUACUGAUAUUUGUUGAUUGUUACUAGCAUUAGCUGCAUGCUUUAUACAUGUAGUUCCUCCAUUGCUUCCGAGUCCUCAUACGGUGCAUUUUGGUAACAGCCCUGGAGAGAUUCAUUAGGGCCUCUGCACCAUAUAUAAGACGUGGGAUUAGAGGUUGGUUCUUGGCUGUCUCUGGACACAAAAUUAUCACAAAACACACAAUUAUAACCUCAAAAGGGAAAUGUAUUAAGUGGUUCAAAUGGUUUUAAAGAAAAAAACAACUUACUGUAUUUUGUAUUUUUCUAUAGUAGCAGUAGUUUAAGCUGUAUACUAGGAAUAUUAUAGGAAUACAUCACCCUCACAAAAUGGCCAUUUGUAUAACAAUCACUCACUCCGUGUUACCUUAAAUUCCAGAAGAAAACUCUGUUUUCCUCAAAUACCUCCAUGGCAAAUCAAGAUUUCAAAAACAGAGACAGUUUUUGGCCAAUUGAAGUCAUAUGCAGACUGCAUUUACCAACAGUAAA